AUGAUGAAAGCAGCCCUCGUCCUGCUGUUUGCUGCCUGCGCUCACGGCUGUGGCUCACCCAGCUAUCAGCCGUCUGUGAGCCGCGUGGUGAACGGAGUAGAUGCUCGGCCCUACAGCUGGCCCUGGCAGAUCUCUCUGCAGUAUCUCAGCGGCUCCACCUUCCGUCACACCUGCGGAGGAACUCUGCUCGCUCCUAACUGGGUCCUGACUGCAGGCCACUGCAUCGGACCUCGAACCUACCGCGUGGUGCUGGGUGAGUUCGACAUCACCAGAGAGGAGGGCUACGAGCAGACCAGAAGUGUGGAGAAGAUCGUGGUCCACCCUCGCUGGGAUGAUAACUGCCUGUCUUGUGGUAAUGACAUCGCCAUGAUCAAACUGGCCUCGCCGGCCGUUCUCAACGACAAGGUGCAGCCCUCCUGUGUGCCCGAGAGUGGAGAGGUCACUGCUCACAACGAGCCCUGCUACAUCACCGGCUGGGGCAGAAUCUACAGUGGAGGUCCCAUCGCCUCAAAGCUCCAGCAGGCUCUGCUUCCUGUGGUCGGCCACAGCGUCUGCAGCAGCAGCGGCUGGUGGGGCAGCACCGUGAAAACCACAAUGAUCUGUGGAGGCGGGGACAUCCGCUCCGGCUGCCAUGGAGACUCAGGAGGUCCUCUGAACUGUAAGGGUGUGGACGGCAGGUGGUUCGUGCAGGGAGUGACCAGCUUCGUCUCCUCUCGGGGAUGCAACACCCCCAUGAAGCCCACAGUGUUCACUCGCACAUCCUCCUUCACCAAGUGGAUCAGUGACACGAUGCUGCAGAACUGAAGACCUGGAGUCCUUUCCAUGUCAAUAAAUCAAUUUCAUCAACAACAGAACAUUUCAUUUUCUUUAGAUGGUACAAGCAGAAAACCCAAAGUGAGACAGCAGUACCAUCAGUAGGAUUUGAGUAUGUAUUGUGUCAGAAUCAAAAAACGUUUUCUGCAAAUAUAUGGACAAUAAACACAAUGCAACAAUCAAGAUAAUUAAUAGAAUAGAAUAUUUUAAAACAGAAAAUAUUCAAAACAUUUAAAUUUAAUAAAAGUUGAUGUCAG